CCCUGUAAAGUCGUUUAGUCAUCAACAAAUGCUUCUUUUCAUGAUCUGUACUCUUCUGGAAGUCCUAAGAUGGCCUGCUGACUUAUCACACUGUCCACUAACCACAGCGUGAGCAUGUGUGAUCUCGUUCAAUCUCCUUCGCUCCGCCCACAACCCCUCCACCAUGGGCUCUUUCCUUUACUACAGAUACUCCAAUGUUAUUUCUUAGUUUUCUUGAUAUAUCUUGUGUCUACCUCUGUCACAUCUUGUGGUGCGGAUGUCACUGUGGCGUUUCCUGAUUUUGCUGAGCAUCUUUAUGCUUUGUAAAGGUGAAGACAGUGAUUGCGACAACUUCACCGAUUUGGAUUUCCAUGAGUCUUUUAUGGGGACCUAUCUGUACGUGCGCCUGCUGCUGUACACCCGUGCAAACCUCGAGUGUGGUCAGGAGCUCCCGCACCACAACUUCACUCAAGAACCCCUGUUUAAUGUAAGCAGACCCACUACCUUUGUCAUACAUGGGUACCGACCCACAGGGGCACCGCCUAUCUGGAUCAACCUCAUUGUGCACUUGUUAGCAGCACAGAAGGACAUGAACAUCCUGGUAGUGGAUUGGAACAGAGGGGCGGCCAAUCUCAAUUACUUCACGGCUGUGGCCAACACACGGGGUACGGCUGUGAACAUCACCGGCUUCAUAGAGAGUAUGGAGAAAGAGGGAGCAUCUCUUGACUCCAUCCAUCUGAUUGGGGUCAGUCUGGGCGCACAUGUGGCUGGAUUCAUUGGCGCAAUGCUGGGAGGACGGGUGGGCAGAAUCACAGGUCUGGACCCAGCAGGGCCAAUGUUUGCCAGUGCUCCCCCUGAGGAAUGCCUUGAUCCAAUUGAUGCCCAGUUUGUAGAUGUGCUGCACACAGAUAUGAAUUCUUUUGGCCUUAGAGGAACCCAUGGCCAUAUUGAUUUCUAUGCCAAUGGAGGAUUAGAUCAGCCUGGAUGUCCCAAGACCAUCUUCUCAGGGAAAUCUUAUUUUGUGUGUGAUCAUCAGAGGUCUGUUUUCCUGUACAUGUGCGCUCUGAAUCACACCUGUAAACUUAUGGCAUAUCCGUGUUCCUCAUACAGCGACUUCCUCAGUGGUCAGUGUUUGCAAUGUGAGACCUUCAAGCCUGCUUCCUGUCCUGCUCUGGGUUAUGACAUGAGCCAGUGGAGGGAUACACUCUUGAGGUUGGGGCAAACAAAAGCGUAUUUCUCAACUACGGCAGAGCUCCCCUACAGCAAGACAAGCUACAGAGUGGACCUAGUUACCUGGAACCAGUCUCUGCGCUGGUGGGUGGUCAUACUCCGACUGUACAACGGAAAAAAUGUAAUAGAGUCCCAGAUAGAUACUAAGCAGUUGAGGUUUGAGCAGUAUACAUCCACUCGAUUACUGGCACAGUUUGAUGAGGAUUUAUAUCCAAUUCAGAAAAUCUCUUUACGGAUUGUCACUGGGAAUAUGAUUGGACCUCGAUACAAGAUAAGGCUGCUUCGUAUUCGGAUAACCCCACUGGAAAAUCCAAACAGGCCACUAAUGUGUCGAUAUGACAUUAUUUUGGAGGAGAAUGCUGAGGUGUCUUUCAAACCGUUGCCUUGUGAUUAAUUUGAAUCUCAUCUGUAGAAAAUCACAUUGAAAUGCCUAUCUGAACUAACAAACAGGCAUUUAAUUAUGGUGUCUGCUCCUUUCCCCAACAGGCCACUGAUGUGUAGAUAUUACAUUAUUUUGGAGGAGAAUGCUGAGGUGUCUUUCAAACCGUUGCCCUGUAAUUAAUCUCAUCUGUAGAAAAUCACAUUGAAACGCCUAUCUGAACUAUAACAGACAUUUCAAAGUGUCUAAACAGUUAAAAACUUUUAGUGCCUUUUCUGUGAUUACUGCUGUGAUUGUACUAGUAUAAAAUUGUUAUACCAGACACAUUUUGUGUUGAGGGCAGAAUUAAAGUGCAGUUUUACAAUAUUAAAUUCUGACUCCUGUUGGAACGAUCUAUAUCAUUUCUGUAUAGCUAUGUAUGAACCAAAUAUUCUACUGUAAAGAUGUUUUACAUGUACAGCUUUUGCAUUCUUUUGUAAAAUAAAUGAUGUGGACUGAAA